ACUUAAUGUAGUAAAUUCAAAUUCCACUUGAGAACAAAGGGCAUAAACGACAUUUCAUUUAUACCGCGUAAACAGUAAGAUUAAUACCUGUUCCCAAAACAAGAGAUUAAGGAAUUGAUGAAGGACAGUAACAGCAACUGCAACUACAAAGAUAAAUAAACUCACUACCAACAAUUCACAAAUCCAACAUUAUUUUAUUAAUUAUACAUUUAUUCUAUCUCUAAACCUUAGAAAGAGAGACAUGAGUCAAAUUCUUAAUUUGAACAUGGAAAACGAAAGCGGAACUAACAACUACGCACGAAGCGGUAAGAUAAUGCUAACCGCCAUUAUUAUUCUCUUCAUCGUUAUCAUCAUAAUGAUCUUUCUCCAUAUCCUAAUUCGAUGGUACCUUCUACGUGCUCGCAGCCGGCAACAACUCCGCCGGUCCCGUCACUUUCGACGUCAACCGUUCGUCUUUUAUGUAGACCCCGACGCCCCUUCCCAACUGAUUUCCGCCGUCUCUCGCGGCCUUGAUGCUGCCGUGAUCUCCUCUCUUCCGACCUUCAACUUUUCACCCAAGUCACAGGCGGUGGAAUGUGCGGUUUGUUUGUCGGAGUUUGAGGAAGGUGAAACGGGUCGGGUUUUACCCAAAUGUAACCAUAGUUUUCACAUUGAUUGUAUUGAUAUGUGGUUUCAGUCUCACUCUACUUGUCCACUUUGUAGAGCACCUGUGGAGCCUCCACCGGUUCAAGUGACCCGAUCCGAAGUGACAGUUUCAGUGUGUGAACCGGAACCGCUUCCGGGUUCGAGUUAUGGUGAAGAGGUGAAUCGGUCUGAACCGGGUUUUUCUUCUUCCUCUUGUUCUAUUGAGAAGCAGUCUUCGUUUACGGACGUGGUUAUUGAGAUUCCGGGAAGGAGCGAAGUCGAAUCGGGUUGUGAUUCGCCGUCGUCGUUUCGAUCGCCGAUGAGUCGGGUGAUGUCGUUAACGAGAAUUCUUAGCAGAGAGAGGAAACCAAGCGUUUCUCCUUCGUCAGAUUGUGUCGCGGUAAACGAUUCAGUGAUUGAGUUAGAAUCAGAAAGAGGUGGAAGGGACGAGACUCAGUGAGUUGAAUGAUAACGGUAUUUGGAGUUGACUCGGAGUGGAUGGAUUGUGUGGUGACGUGGCGCUCUUAUUAUGCGCUGGCGGCAGUAGCGGCGUGUUUGAGUGGCAUGGCAUUGUGUUUGUUGGUGAUCCUUCGCUGGCCUUACACGUCACUUAUUACAAAUAUAUUUUCAGAAAAAUAUACUAGUUUAUUGUGGGCGUCGACUGAGUUGAGUUAGACAUAAUACAAAAUUAUUUAUUUUUGGUAAACUUAUUUUAUUAUUAUAGUUUUUUUUUUCUCAAAAGUAUUAUACUUUUAUAUUGAUUUAAGAUACCAGAACAAAAAUAUGUAUAGAUUCAACUGUAGGAGAUGUAUACACACCUAAAUUAAUAAAGAAAUAGAAAAUAUAAAUUAAAAAGUGUAAUUCAUUGACC